GUGCCUUCAUCCAUACAAGCAAUAGGCAACAAGAUGGUCACGGAAGGUGACAAUGUGACUCUGAUGUGUAGUGCAUCCGGAAUACCUCCUCCAAUGGUGUCUUGGAUGAAGCCUGAUGGUCAGCGUCAAAAUGGAUACAUGCUGAGUGUUGUAAACAUUAACAGGAGUCAAGCUGGCGAAUACAAAUGUGAAGUCAGUAAUGAAUGUGGCAAUGCAACAGAGACAUCAACAAUUGAUGUGCAGUGUAAGUUUGUGGAUAGAUUAUUGCAUUUAUUGUCGUUACUUUGACCUUAUAAUCUUAAUUGGCAUACUUUAACAUUACUUCUUCCGAAGUCUUACAUCAUUUGACCUGAAUCUGAAUUGCAGAAAAAACCCCUUACAAUCUUGUGAAUUUUUGUUUAAUUUUUGCCUUUUAAAGAUGCAUCAAGAAUUACAAACAUUUCUGGUAAGCAGAUCGUGAAUAAUGGUGGUGUGGUGAGUUUGUUUUGUUUAGCGGAAGGUAAUCCAACGCCAAUGAUAACUUGGACAAAAGUUGCUGAUAACAGUCGAGUGAACUUCCCUUUGACCAUCCGUGGUAGUCAGGAUGAAAGACUGUACAUAUGUACAGCUGAGAAUGGUGUUGGAAGCCCUGUAACUAAGUUUGUCAACAUGACAGUGCGUUGUGAGUGUUGA